UCCUCCUCCUCACCGUCUACACCAGGCCUUCAAAGUCAUUCCUUAAAGACAAAGACAUCGCGUGCGUUGCCAACCACCUUCUUUUCGCAACCCUACAAACAACGGCAUCUCGCCCGCGCAUCUAGUCGCCUCGCUCCUUCGGCCUCCUCCAGCAACAACCUCCUCGCGGUAUUCUGGAAAUACUAAGACGAUCGCUCGCUCCUUUGGAUAUACAACCUAGACAGCAUCUUUUAUAAACAUCGCCAACAUGAAGUUCUCCACCGCUUCCAUCUUCCUCGCCGCCAUCGGCGCCUCUGCUCACCCCAGCGGCCACGCUCACAAGCGCGCCCACGACUCUCUCGAGGCCCGCGGCGACUUUGUCAUUGCCAACAAGCCUGUUGAGCCCAGCCCUCCCGCCGCCACUCCCACUCCUUCGCCUGCUGCUGUUCCUACUCCUUCGCCUUCUGCUGCCGCUCCUCCUGCUCAGAAGGCUGCCAGCUCUGCUGCUGGUGUCGGCUCUGGCCCUUCCACCUACACUCCCUUCUGCCAUGGUAACAGCAAGCGUGCUACCGCUGCUGAGAUCGCUUACAAGGGCAAUGUCGGCGCCGACGGCGCUUACGGAUGCAACCUGAUGCCUGUUAAGAGCAACCUCCUCGACCAGUACCAGUACACUGUGGUUUUCAACAACGCUGGCGCCGACUCUUCGUGCAAGUGCUGGAACAAGAUCGGAGCCGAUGGUCAGAUUGACGGUUUCUUCAACGGCCACGAGGCUCUGACAUUCGACCUCCCCGCCGGUGGCAAGCAGGUCCUCGCUGUCGACUCCAACUCUCAGUUCGGCUGUGCCUGCGGCCCUGGUGGCCCUGAGCUGACCAACAUCGGCCAAUUCGCCUCUACCUGGGUCGAGGGUGAUGUUGGCAACCUCUCCAACGGUGGCUGGUCCGGUUUCGACGCCUCUUCCAUCGUUGCCGCUGCUAACAAGCUGACCAUUCCCGGCCUCAAGGUCUGCGGUACCGGCGACUACGCCGGCACUUGCUCUACCAUCUGGCCCGGCGGCAGGGGUGACAACGCCUUCGUUGGCGGCACCGAGGCUCUCGAUGGCCUGGGUCUCAACAUCAAGCCCGGCAAGACCUCCGUUGAGGUUACCGUCAACUUCUCAGGAUAAAGUACCGACUGAUGACGCAGAGGGGCAUAGAGAAAAUAUGUUGGGCUGGCUUUUGGGAUUUGAUACAUGUGUUUCGGCUUUAAGAAUUCUUACGUGGAGAAUAUCUACGGUGUUUGGCGUGUGGCUUUUACGGGUUCCCCCGAUGUCCAUCGAGGCUAUGGACGUCCACGCAAGUUACUUUGAAUCCGUUUUUAUAUAUAUAUUACGGU